UCGGACUGCACCUGAACGCAUCAUGAUCCGGUGGCUGUUCAGAUGAUCUUUGUGCGAACGAAGCAGCACAACGAGCGCAGCUAGCAGCCCGCUCCAGGCAGACUCACUGACCAGAAAGACGGCGGGCAGGACACGUUCUGUGACCGAAAAUUCACACUUACUGCGAUUAUACAACCACAGCGACAGCCUGAAAAUGGUCAUCUGGUGACGUUUACAAAGGGAGGAGGCCAGACAGCGCCACCCGGGCGUGCAGCGAGGGACUGCAUCCCAUCAGAUCACUGACGACCAGCUUCCUGAAACUCCGCUGCUGCUGCCGCCAGAUGGACUGCAAACUCUGAGGGUCCAAGGAUUCAGGACUGAAACCAGCUGGGGGGGGGCACAACGCUCACUGGAGCAGGAAAAGGAGGGCAUUGGUUGGGAAAGGAAAGGACAAGGGGCUUUAUGAUGUCUUCAAACAGAACCCAGAACCCCCACGGACUGAAACAGAUAGGCCUGGACCAGAUAUGGGACGACCUGCGGGCCGGCAUCCAGAAGGUGUACACGCGGCAAAGCAUGCCCAAGUCACGCUACAUGGAACUCUACACACAUGUAUAUAACUAUUGUACCAGCGUCCAUCAGUCCAGCCAGGGCCGCGGAUCUGUGCCUCCAGCAAAGCCCUCCAAAAAGUCCACUACCCCAGGUGGGGCUCAGUUUGUGGGCCUGGAGCUCUACAAGCGGCUCAAGGAGUUCCUAAAGAACUAUUUGACGAGUCUACUCAAGGAUGGAGAGGACCUGAUGGAUGAGUGCGUGCUGAAGUUUUACACACAGCAGUGGGAGGACUAUCGCUUCUCUAGUAAGGUCCUAAACGGGAUCUGUGCCUACCUCAACCGCCACUGGGUUAGACGGGAGUGUGACGAGGGACGAAAGGGCAUCUAUGAGAUCUACUCGCUGGCCCUCGUAACCUGGAGGGAGUGUUUGUUCCGGCCCCUCAACAAGCAGGUAACAAACGCGGUCCUGAAGCUGAUCGAGAGAGAGAGAAACGGAGAGACUAUCAACACCAGACUGAUCAGUGGAGUUGUCCAGUCUUACGUUGAGCUGGGUCUGAAUGAGGAAGACGCCUUCACCAAAGGCCCCACACUCUCCGUCUACAAGGAGUACUUUGAGUGCCAGUUCCUCACCGACACAGAACGCUUCUACACGCGUGAGAGCACCGAGUUCCUGCAGCAGAACCCGGUCACAGAGUAUAUGAAGAAGGCGGAGGCGCGGCUGCUGGAAGAGCAACGGCGCGUGCAAGUUUACCUCCACGAGUCCUCUCAGGACGAGCUGGCCAGGAAGUGUGAGCAGGUCCUCAUCGAGAAACACCUGGAGAUUUUCCACACAGAGUUUCAGAACCUGCUGGAUGCAGACAAGAACGAAGAUCUGGGUCGGAUGUACAACCUGGUGUCGCGGAUCACUGACGGUCUCGGUGAACUGAAGAAGCUCCUGGAGACUCACAUCCACAAUCAAGGCCUGGCCGCCAUCGAGAAGUGUGGAGAAGCCGCGCUAAAUGACCCCAAAGUUUACGUCCAGACCACGCUGGACGUCCACAAGAAGUAUAACGCCCUGGUCAUGUCUGCGUUCAACAACGACGCUGGCUUCGUGGCGGCACUUGAUAAGGCAUGUGGACGCUUCAUCAACAACAACGCUGUCACCAGGAUGGCUCAGUCAUCCAGCAAGUCUCCAGAGCUGCUGGCCAGAUACUGCGACUCUCUGCUGAAGAAGAGCUCCAAAAACCCAGAGGAGGCAGAACUGGAGGACACGCUCAACCAAGUGAUGGUUGUCUUCAAGUACAUCGAGGACAAAGACGUUUUCCAAAAGUUUUAUGCCAAGAUGCUAGCCAAGCGCCUGGUGCAUCAGAACAGCGCCAGUGACGACGCCGAGGCCAGCAUGAUCUCCAAACUCAAGCAAGCAUGCGGCUUCGAGUACACGUCCAAACUGCAGCGCAUGUUCCAGGACAUCGGAGUCAGCAAAGACCUGAACGAGCAGUUCAAGAAACACCUGAGCAACUCGGAGCCUCUGGACUUGGACUUCAGCAUCCAGGUUCUGAGCUCUGGGUCUUGGCCGUUCCAGCAGUCCUGUACCUUUGCUCUACCCACAGAGUUGGUGAGGAGUUACCAGCGCUUCACGUCGUUUUAUGGCAGCAGACACAGCGGCAGGAAGCUGACCUGGCUCUAUCACCUGUCCAAAGGAGAGCUGGUCACCAACUGCUUCAAGAACAGGUACACCCUCCAGGCCUCCACCUUCCAGAUGGCCAUCCUGCUGCAGUACAACACCGAGGACAGCUACACGGUGCAGCAGCUGACCGACAGCACACAGAUCAAAACUGACAUCCUGAUUCAGGUUCUGCAGAUCCUUUUAAAGUCCAAGCUGCUGGUUUUAGAGGAUGAGAACGCCAACGUGGACGAGGUGGACUUCAAACCCGACACCGUCAUCAAGCUUUUCCUGGGAUACAAGAAUAAGAAGCUGAGGGUGAACAUUAACGUUCCAAUGAAGACUGAGCAGAAACAAGAGCAGGAGACGACCCACAAGAACAUCGAGGAGGACAGGAAGCUCCUCAUCCAGGCUGCUAUAGUGAGGAUCAUGAAGAUGAGGAAGGUCCUGAAGCAUCAGCAGCUCCUGGCUGAGGUCCUGAACCAGCUGUCGUCUCGGUUUAAACCCAGAGUUCCCGUCAUCAAGAAAUGCAUCGACAUCCUGAUAGAGAAGGAGUACCUGGAGCGAGUGGAUGGAGAGAAAGACACAUACAGCUACCUGGCCUGAACGCUGCAGCACCCAUCCGCUCCACUCACUUUUGUUUUUAUUUGUAACUUUUUUCUUUUGAAUUUUAUUGUCUGAAUAAUAAAGUGUGGAUUCCUGAGUCAUGCGACCCACCGACCUGAGGAAGACCUGAGCUUCCUGUCCCCCCCGCAGUGAUGACGGAGCUCCAGCCUCCAUCAGCGCCACGGCCCGUCCCGUUCCAUCCGUACGACUCGCUCGCUUCAUCCUUUUAUUGUAAAUAAAGACUCAAAGAGGAACAAACAAAA